UUUAAUUGUAAGUGUUUUCGUUUUCAUCACUUUAUUUAAAUAUUUAAUUAUUGUUCUUUGUCCUGUUUGCUUGCUUAUUUGUUCUCCAUUUAAUUUAGUCUCUUGAUUGUUGGAGAAAAAUUUGUUAGAAUAAUUUUGCUUUUAUCUUUUAAAAGUAUUUGGAUCUAAAUACUGAAACGGAUAAUUGAAAGUGUUGGUUCUUGUGUCUUGGUCUGUAAUGUGUACGUGUAUCUUGAUUGGUACAGUAAUAAGUUAAUUGUUACAAUUAAUUGUAUUUGUUCACAUCACCAUGUUUCUUAGUAAUAUUUUCCAAGUUAUUGUAAUUUGUGUCUAUUUAAGAUGCAUCAAAGCGGUUGAGUUAACCUUCGAAUUACCAGAUAAUGCUAAGCAAUGUUUCCAUGAAGACAUUACCCAAGGAACUAAAUCUACCGUUGAAUUUCAGGUUGUUACUGGUGGACAAUAUGAUGUUGACAUGACGUUAACUGGACCAAGAGAUGAGACUCUCUAUCAAGGAGUUAAAAAACAGUUUGACACUUUCACGUGGACACCUCAACACUCUGGAGUGUAUACAAUCUGUUUUAGCAAUGAAUUUUCAACAUUUAGUCAUAAAUUAGUUUAUUUUGAUUUCCAAGUUGGUGAGGAACCUCCGCUUCCAGGUACUGGAGAACAUCAAACUGCAUUAACAAAGAUGGAAUCAUCAACUGUAAAUAUUCACAACAGUCUCAACACAAUAAUCGAUGCUCAAACUCACUAUCGUCUUAAUGAGGCUAAAGGAAGCAAGAGAGCCGUAGAUCUGAAAAAUCGUGUUACUUAUUGGUCAUCUGCAGAAGCUUUUCUUGUCUUCGUAAUUAGCAUUGGUCAAGUGAUGAUAUUGAAAAAUUUUUUCACCGACACAAAAACUAGGAAUACAAUUUAAUACCCAACUCGAAAAGCUGAGAUUAUUAUAUGAGAAACAAAAAGGUAUUAAAUCAAUUAUUGGUAAUUUCGCCACAAAUUUAUUUAAUUAUUUACUCGUUUGCAUUUUUAUCACAUACACAAAACCAACCAUAAACUACAAGGAUCAUCUUAAGCUGGCUGUGAUUUAUCAAUGGAUUUAUGUUUCAAAUAAAAUCUGUCACAACCUCUUUCGAUUGAAA